AUGACUUCUGUAAAGCAAUUGUUUUCUCUGGAGGGCCAAACGGCUCUGGUAACAGGUGGGACGAGAGGCAUUGGACAGGCCAUGGCAUUGGCGUUGGCAGAAGCUGGAGCAGACAUUCUUCUCGUGCAGCGAGACACGUCCAACUCCUCUACAAAGCAAAAAAUCGAAGCCCUCAGCCGCAAAGCCACUAUAUAUACCGCAGACCUAUCCUCCCCUUCUGCCGUCUCCGCUGUCGUUCCCUCCAUCCUCAAAGACGGCUACAAGAUCCACAUCCUUCUCAAUUGCGGCGGGAUACAAAAGCGGCAUCCCGCGCACCAAUUCCCAGACGAAGACUGGCAAGCCGUGCUCCAAGUCAACCUCACCGCUGUCUUCACCCUCUGCCGCGACGUCGGCGCACACAUGCUCUCACAACAACCUUCCCUCCCGUGCAACCGUCGCGGCGCCAUCAUAAACGUGGCCAGCCUUCUAUCUUUCCAAGGCGGCAUCACAGUUCCCGCAUACGCAGCUAGCAAAGGCGGAGUCGCGCAAUUGACGAAAGCCCUGUCAAAUGAGUGGGCGAGCAAAGGGAUAAGCGUGAAUGCAAUUGCGCCAGGGUAUAUCGCUACGGAGAUGAACACAGCAUUGAUGGAGGAUAAUGAGAGAGCUGCAAGUAUUCUGGCAAGAAUACCAGCCGGUCGGUGGGGUGCCCCAGAGGAUUUCAAGGGUGCCAUUGUGUAUUUAGCAAGCGCGGCGAGCGCAUAUGUGAGUGGGGAAGUGCUGACGGUUGAUGGAGGCUGGAUGGGAAGGUAG